AUGAACUCAACUUCUAUCCGAAAAGUGCUCGUCAUUGGCGCAAGUGGCAAUGUUGGAACUUCCGCCAUCAAGGCACUCUUGGAGGACGGGUUCCAGGUCACUGGACUUACUCGAGAAACUUCGGUAGCAUCGCUGCCGGAGGGCGUCACACAUGUGAAGAGCGACUUUUCUGAGGCCUCGCUGUCGAAUUUUUUCAAGGGCCAAGACGCAGUUGUCAGCACCCUGUCAAGCAUCUCCCCAGCCGGUGCUCUGGCCUCUCAGAACUCCCUCAUAGAUGCGGCCAUAGUUGCAGGAGUCAAGGUCUUCAUCCCCUCGGAGUAUGGGGUCGACACAUCUGAUCCAUCGGCCCCGGAGAUCAUUCCUUUUCUUACCGACAAGAUUGCCACUCUUGACUAUCUCAAAAAGAACCAGGACAAGAUCUCAUGGACUGCCAUCGUCUCCGGGGCCAUGUUCGAUUGGGGCCUUGCGAUCCCUGGUUUCGGGGGCUGGAACGUGGCAGCCCGAACUGUCACAAUUUACGACGGCGGAGACAUUCCCUUCGACGCCACCAACCUCAACCAAGUUGGCAGAGCCAUCUCUAAAUCCCUGAAGAACCCGGAGCUCACGAGAGAAGUUUGA